GCGAUCCUCGUCUGUUAAUCUUCGUUCGACGCCUCCUCCCCAGCAGCGCGACCGGCACGCCCUUGAUCGCGACCAUGCGGACGGCGGCGCUGGUAUUGGUGCUGGUGUCAGCCGUUGGCAGGUCGCUCGGGCAGAACGUAGACAUUCCUUUUGAAAGCCGCAUUAUGGACUCGUUGGAGGGGUACUCCCAGCUCGUGAAGUAUCAGGACGCUGCCUUGUGCUUCCCGCUGAACCAAACGUGGUUUCUCUUAUACCGGACGAACCAGUACAACGAGAUGUUCGGCGGCAACAACACGUGCGUACGAAUGGGCCCGCGAGCGAGGAGUCCCAUGCGAAACCUCGGCAUUGACGUCAAGCUGGCGUACUCCAAGGACAAACGAGCAGACAUACAUAUCCGCUUCCAAAGGAGCCAUUCUGCCAUGUCCGACCGAGCCAACGGCAUGGAAGUUACCUAUGCUGACGACGAUAAUAGAGUCUCACAAUCGAUAUCCGUCAUAUACUCUAACUGUGACGAGUGCAUGGUGCUCAAGCAUGUAGACAGUGGAGAUUCUCACUCCUGCAGCCUCUUCGCGCCGGCUUCUGUGGUGACACCCAACUACAGGCCCCCUCCCCCACAAUGCGAGUUCAUCUACCUGCUGCUCUGCGGAAACACCCAGUACAGAAUUUUCGGCGACUGUUGUAAGGACGACGACGAGCCGCCGCCGUACACCGACUCGCCGCAGCUUCCAGGUUCACUAUGAGCUUCGAGCGUCUGUCCCAGUGCCCACGCCCCAAGAGACAGUAUCACAGGAAGCGUAAUGACCAAUCCAAGCUGGCGAAGGAGACCUUCUAGAAGUCUCUUUCUGUGCGCGUCGAACCUACGACACUCUAUAUAAACAAAUGUUCCAUAGUUUCAGGUUCGUUGCAACAAAACCUUUGAAGAGAAGGUGCCAAACCAGACUUGUCGGAAUAAAAAUUAAGCGUUGGUAUUCGGCAACGCAGUCUCUUGAAUGAAAUUUCAAAUUUUCUUGUUGAACACCAUCUGCUGUGUCAAGAGAAUCUCAGGUACUGAAAAUCGGUGCUAUUUAAUACACAUUUAAUGCACAGUGGCUUGUCUCCAGAGUGGUUUUAUCCAACCCGCUUACACAAGAGCGUUUCAACGCCCCGUGCGUAGACUAUUUCCGUUUACAGAAUGCCGGAGUCGUGAAUGACAGAAGCGUUGGCGGUAUCAUCUGGUGACUUUCGUAUUUGCAUGAGUAUCCUUGGAGAAAAGAAUCGCUACACGCCAGUGACUGUGGCCACCGACAUUUUUUACAGCGGCAUCUAAGCUGGACAUGGUGCUUGCAGUUAUAGUUGAGUGUGCUCCAUACAUCGCUUGACACAUAGCGGGCAAACGCUGUAGCGACUUGAGCAACCUUUCACGCUUCAUGCGUUUGCAAAUGAAGAAAAGAGUGUGCGUUUGUCGUUUAUGGUAUUCCGUAAACAGUAAUAAUUACCGAACAGGCUAGAAUUCUGUGCAAGAAUCUUCCCGGGUACCCUCAGAGGCUCGCGCACCGUACAAUGAUUUAAUAAGAAAAUGUCAAAGGUGACAUGCUCAUGUCGAUGAUGCAAUCAAGAGCACGCUCACGCAGGCCCGCUACUAAGUAGGAACGCUACGGGGGCACAUUUAAUCUUGCGCGGUUUAUUUGGUGUCUGUAUAUUUAAACAUUAAAUUAUGGAGUUUAACGUGCGAAAACCACUUUCUGAUUUAAGGCAUGCCGUAGUGAGGGACCCCGGAAAUUUGAACCACCUGGGGUAAUUGAACGUGCACCUAAAUCUAGGUACAUUCUAGUACACCUAAAUCUAGGUACCGCAUUUCGCCGCCACCGAAAUGCGGCCCCCGUAACCGAUAUUCCAUCCCGCGACCUCGUGCUUAGCAGCUCAACACCAUAGCCACUAAGCAACCACGAAAGGUGUCUGUAUAUUUCGGCUCCAGUAUCAAGUACCUACUGUUUGUACGAGUUAGAAAAAAAUGCUUGGCCGUGUCUGCCAUGCGUUCCUUUCUUAUCUUUUCACAAUGUUAAAAAGAAAUCCUAGAAAUCGCUUACGGCAGAUGGCACAAUUCUACUUGUCGGGCCGGAUUACACGAAGAGGUGAACAUGACCUUCGCUAGACAUCAAAAUCUGCAAUCAACUAAUGAAAUAAAUAUUUACUAGUUAACUUCAUAGGUAAUAAAUUAAAAGUGCAUAUUACAGUUUAUUAUGAAUGGAGCCAGAGAGAGAGAUAGAUAAACGGGGAGGGAAAGGCAGGGACGUUAACUGGAGAAGAUUCUCGUUUGCUACCUUGCACUUAGGGAAUGGUAAGGGGAAAUGAAAGACGGAAAGAAUAACCGAGAGAAAAAGCAAAGGCACGAAAAAUUCUCUAUUUUUCGUGAUGGAGCCAGAAAGUUGGCAAGGAAUAUGCGCCUAAAUGUAAUUGUGAGGUUGCCGUCAGUUCCAGGGUAUUCAUUCGCAAUAUAUGAAAUGAAGAGCAUUGGUGCUUCAAUUCAGUUUCACUAACCAUUACUUCUAAAAAAAAAUCUACGUGGAAUAACAGCACUUUUUACCAAGACUGACUGCUCCUAACCUCAAAACGACUGUUAUCUUCAAUAUUCAUUAAAAGUGGAUGAUGUGGAGUAUUCUGGUUCGCUUUCUUUUCCCAUUCCCCUUUUCUCUCUCUGUCGUUUUUUUUUCUCUCCUGUUCAAGCGGGUGGGCCAGGGGAGGUAUUCUGUAGGAGUCCACCUAGUGGACUGUCCAGUGGAUUGGCUGGGGCCGCUCAUCUCCUCCUCGCUCGUAUAGCUGUAUGCAAUCAGCAGCGGCCGAAAUGAACAGUGCACUAGGUGGACUCUUACAGAAUACCCCUCGACCCCUCCCCCACUGCUGUCCCUUCUAGGAGACAGUUGCUAGCUCGCUUUUCUUCCUGUCUUUGUGGUGUGACUAUAUGG